AUGUGUCUGCACUGCAAGACAACAGACACUGGAUGGUACUGGUGUGGUGUAGAGAUAGACGGAUCAUUAGAUGCUAAUGAAGCUCUUUACAUCACAGUGAAAUCAGAUCCUGAUCUGUCAGUGAAUGAGAGCAGAGUGAGAGGUGAGGAAGGAGGCAGCGUCACAGUCCAGUGUCUCUACAGUGCUGCGUAUCAGAAUACACAGAAGCAGUGGUGCAGAUUCAAAGAUGAACAAUGCAACACAGUGGGGAUUAAUACAUUCCGCUAUUCAACAGUGUACAUCAGUGAUGAUGGGAGAAGAUCCUUCAGUGUGAGGAUGAGCAGACUGAAGAAGAGUGAUACUGGAUGGUACUGGUGCAGUGCAGGAGAUCUACAGGUUCCUGUUCACAUCAGUGUCAGUGAUCCACCUCCAGAAAUCACACUGAUUAUUUCCUUUGUUUUGACAACAGUCACUACAUCAAAUACUACAAUGGCGACUACAAACACUCACGAAGACAAUACGCACAUAGGGUGUAACAAGGUAGAGAGCAUGAGGACACUGAAAAAUGUAGCUGUAAAAAGAGGAGGAUCUGUCACUAUUCCAUGUCUUUAUGAAGAGAAGUACAAAGCAAACAAAAAAUUCUGGUGCAAAGGGAACUAUUGGUCUACCUGCAGUAUCGUAGCCUAUGCAAACAAAAAAAAAAAAAGUGUAAAUCCAUCAGUCAUUGAUCAUCCAGAGCAGAAUUUGUUCACGGUGGAACUGAACUCUGUCUCUGAGUCUGGAACGGGUUGGUGUGCUGUAGAAAUUGGGGAUAAAUGGCAGCAGGAUGAUCAUGAUCAUUGGUACCUGACGGUUAGUAGAGAUCUGUCAGUGAGGCAGAGCAGAGUGAGAGGUGAGGAAGGAGGCAGCAUCACAGUCCAGUGUCUCUACAGUGCUGCAUAUCAGAAUACACAGAAGCAGUGGUGCAGAUUUAAAGAUGGACAAUGCCAAACAGUGAGGACUGAAACAUCCCAGAAUUCAGCAGUGUACAUCAGUGAUGAUGGGAGAAGAUCCUUCAGUGUGAAGAUGAGCAGACUGAAGAAGAGUGAUGCUGGAUGGUACUGGUGCAGUGCAGGAGAUCUGCAGGUUCCUGUUCACAUCAGUGUCACAACAGCACUGACUAAUACAGUGACUACAACAGUGACUACAACCGCUCAUCAAGACAAUACGUACACAUCUGACUCAAAGCACAUUUCAGUGUUUGUGACAUCAGUUUCCAGCCGUAAUGAAACCACUAGUUUGGUUUGGACCCUGAACCAUUGGUACCUGGUGGCCCUUCUUCUGCCACUGGUGAUACUGGUCAUCAUCAUCUGUAUGCUCAGAAAGAAAUGUGAGUUAGAGAAUCAAACCAGGAUCAGAGAGAGGAGCAAUGACACCACUGUUCCCACAAGUAAAAAACAGGCCACUUUUACAGAUGAAGACUCCAUUAUAUACAGCACUGUGGCUAAAAGCAAGCCAAAGGUUUCUCCAAAUGAUGUCACUAAUGAGACCCUCUACAGCUAUGAGGUUUACCAGUAAGAGAGGAUGACUUACUGUCCACUGGCUGUGGGGCCUCAGGGAUCUCUACUGGGUCGUGUGUCCAUCCUCAACAUCCUUACAGAUAAAAUCCCAGUCAGGACAAGGACAACAUU